UCAGUUCAGUCUUCACGUUAGUGAGAUGAUGAUGUGGGGGGGCGGACAGCAGGAUAUUUUGGUGCAAAUUUCGGAAGUGAUUUUAGAAUAAUAAGUAGGGCAGUCAUGGGUGUCGAGUUGAACUGAGAAAAGUUUCUGUUUGCUGUUAAAGAGGAAGUUCAGCGAGAAAAAUGGAGGAGGAACACCAUGUGAACUUCAUGAGACUCUUAUCAGAUGAGAGCACUCACUCCACGCUGUCGGAGGACUCCUGUGAGUACUACCAGACAGAGAUAUUUGAUCAGCUGCCCAGCAUCCAGGCUUCACGACCUGAGCCGAGGAAACAGGAUUUUUCGGAAGGCUGCGAGUCCUACCAGGGCAGCACAGAGCCGAGUGAGAGGCUCCGCAAUGGCCACCUGUCCAGAGGAUCCAGAGACAAGGUGUCACUGCAGCCGCUUCGGAACCUGCCCAUGUGUAUUCAGGGGAAGCGAGGAGCCAGGGUCAGGAGGAAGAUGCAAAUCAGCAACAUUGGUUUUUGGGAAUCCUGGAGGCGGAGCCAGAGCAUCAACAGGAAGAAGGUGUGGGAGCAGAUGGGAGGAGCUCUGUCUGGCUUGUUGCCAUGGCAGCGAACUCUUCAUUCCAUUGAAGGCCGGUUUGGAGAUGGCGUGAAGGCCUACUUUGUUUUCCUCAGAUACUUGAUUUACUUGAACGUAUUUCACUGUGCUCUUAUCGGGGGAUUUAUUCUUGGGCCUUCAACGUUUUAUGGCAAUAGCAGUGAACCUUUGAAGUUCGGAGGCAAUGAUUCCAUUUUAGAUUUCUUCCAGGGAUCGGGCUUCGUGGAUCGUUCUCCGGUCUUCUUUGCUUUUUAUACCCCUGGUUCCCUGAAAUUUCCGUGCUUGAAUACACCCCUGCUGUACUUUGCUGGGAUCCUCACCAUCCUCUUCCUCAGUCUCAUUAUGGUGGUCCGCAGAACAACAGUCGGCUUCAAGCACAGGUGGAUGCUCGGGAAGCGUUACAGUACGAUUGUGAGCUAUAAGGUCUUCUGUGGUUGGCCCUUCACCAUCCAGGACCCGAAUGCAGCGACUCUCAAACAAAGCUUCAUCACGAACGAUCUCAAGAUCUUCCUGGAGGAGCAGAGCUUCUCCCUGCGAGAGGCUCAGAGGACUAUUGGACAAAGGAUCCGUCUCUACCUGCUCAGGUUCUCCUUGAACGUGGUCGUUCUGUCUCUGCUGGGUGCAGCCUUCUACCUCAUCUACUUGGCCAUAACGACACCACUGUCUGAGAGCUGGCACCCCGGGUUUGUCAGUCUGUUCCUCCAGUAUCUUCCUCCCAUCACCAUCACCUUUGUCAACCUGCUCCUCCCCCACAUCUUCCAUAAGAUCUCGUCUUUUGAAGAUUACUCUUUCACCACGCAGGUUAACACCACACUUGUGAGGAGCAUCUUCUUGAAGCUGGCCUCACUGGGGAUCUACUUACAUUACUCUUUCAACGACGCAACAGACUCAGUGAAGGAUCCGUGCAGGGAGAACCGGUUUGGCAGAGAGAUGUACAAGCUGUGUAUUUUCAACUUCCUCGCCACCUUCUGCAACGCCUUUCUGUUUAGUUACCCCAGGAAGCUGGUGCAGGAGAAGUACCCCACAUCCUUGCUGGCCCGGUUGUCGGGGGAACCACUCUUCUUGAUCCCUUUCAAUGUGUUGGAUCUGGUGUACGGUCAGACUGUGUCCUGGGUGGGCAUCUACUACUGCCCUCUGCUGCCUCUGAUAGGAACUGUCACACUGGUGGCCACGUUCUACAUCAAAAAGUUCACAGUGAUGCGAUGCUGUGUUGCCGAGCAGCACAUGUUUCGAGCCUCCACGUCCUCGGUUUUAUUCCACUUCAUGUUGCUGCUGGGUCUCAUCAUGUCUGCAUCCGCAGUGGGCUUCAACCUCUACCGACAACCAAAACUUGUAUCCUCCUGUGGUCCUACUGGAAAUGGAGAAACAGUGUCUAAUGUGACGAAAGUUUGUGUGGGUAGUCUGCCCAGGCUGGCACAGAGCACUCUCAGCUACCUGGCCUCUGAGGCCUUCGCCCUGCCACUCAUACUCGCUGAAAUUAUAAUCUUAACGUCCUAUGUGUCACGGGGUCGAGCCAAUCAGAAGGCCAUUGAGAGACUGAAAGACAUGCUGGUCAUGAGUAGCUCAGAUAAGCGUUUCCUGGUGAAACAGCACACCACAGUGCUCAGACGUCAGAGGGCCAGCCGCAGAGUGGGUUCCCCCGGCGCCACCGGAGAGGACGCCGCCCUCAGUCGCAGGAGAGACCCCCCCCAUCGCCUCACUUAGAAGCUGAUUCAAGGGCUCAAGUUGUCAGGCCUUUCUGUCCACAGACUCCCAUUAGCAUUUCCUGCAAAUUCCACAGUUGUCUUUUGAAUGAAUGUUCAAUUUAACUGCAGAAUGUGUGUGAAUUUUUAUACUUUGGUGUUUUUGGUUGUGUUUGUAAUAGGGAUAGUUCACCCAAAAAUGAAAAUUCACUCAUUAUCUUCUCAUCACUGUGCCAAUGGGGGGGUGGGCUUAGGGUCAAAUACAAUAAAACUAACUGGUGACCACUCUUUCACUAUAAGAAAAAGCUAAAGAAAAAACAUAAAAUGCCUUCAUACUGCACCUGUUGUGUCAUCCAAGUGUCCGAAAGCCCCGACAUUCAAAUUCGACUUGAAACAAAUAUAUUUACACCAUGUUUUAAGCCUAAAUGCCCAAACGCAGAGAAUAUCAAAGGACAUUUAGGCUCAAAACAUGGAUUCGGCUGCAAAGCUGUUUACCCCUGAAACUCUAAAAAAGUUUAGUGGACUCAAACACUUCACCCACCCCUCCAUUGGCAUAUUGGUCAGUAAAUAAUUGCUAAAUCUUCAUUUUUGGGUGAACUAUCCCUUUAAGCUUGUUUUAUCCAAUUUAUAUACUGGGUAUGUCUUUCAGUGUUAAUGUAUGAAGAUCUGAUAUAAAGAGCUGUGAUUAUAAUCUUAAUUGUUGUACUUGUUUUAAGUUUUUUUUGUUUACUGGCUUUCACUUGAAAUUGUUUAUCAGUAUGUCCCCGUUGUUGUUGCUGAUGCUUUUUUUCUUCCUCUUUUUCUGUCUUUGUAAUUUAACUUGAUCAAUCUUUUCUCGGGUAUAAAC